UCCCCCAGAAAAAAUGGACAGCAAAGAAGACAUGAAUGAAACAAGAAGUCCAACUGAAAUAACUUGUGCAAAAGUAUGAUCUACGUAAAUGAUAAUAACUGCAUUCCGUAAGCAACCCAUAUAUCAUUCCUGGGAUGUACUAAAAUUGUCAUUUAUAAGCUCCCAUUCUCCAUAGACAUCGUCAGUAGCCAUGGAGUCGCAUAUUAAUUUAAAGAAAGCUGGCUUGAUUCUUAUAUCUCUCUGCAUUCUAUUGAUACAUACAAUGGCAGAUUUAGAAAUCCAUAGUCUGCCAAGAUAUAACCCCAAAGCCAUGAGAAAGAGGUAUGACAGGUGGCUGAAACAUCAUGGUCGAAAAUAUCAUAACAAAGACGAAUAUUAUCUGCGGUUUGGAAUAUAUCAAUCAAACAUUCAGUUCAUUGACUACAUCAAUGCUCAGAAAUUACCAUACGAACUCAGAGAUAACAAGUUUGCAGACUUGACUAAUGAUGAGUUUAAAUCUAUCUACCUGGGUUUUCAGGCUAAUAAACACGGUAGAAAGAAGCCUAGCCAUGAGCAUGGAAACUCCUCAGACUUGCCAACCUCAGUAGAUUGGAUAAAGGAAGGCGCUGUAACCCCGGUUAAAGAUCAAGGUCAAUGUGGAAGUUGUUGGGCAUUCUCUGCAGUGGCAGCUGUUGAAGGCAUUAACAAAAUCAAGACAGGAAAAUUAGUAUCUCUGUCAGAACAAGAGCUUGUAGACUGUGAUACUCACAAUGAUAGCCAGGGAUGUAAUGGUGGAUUCAUGGAAACAGCGUUUACAUACAUUCAAAAGCAGGGGCUCUCCAUUGAAGAUGAUUAUCCCUAUGAAGGAAAAGAUGGCAACUGCCACAAAAACAAAAAUAAAAAUCAGACAGUGACUAUUAGUGGUUAUGAAGCAGUACCUGCCAAUGAUGAGAAAAGCCUACAAACUGCAGUUGCCAAGCAACCUGUAUCUGUUGCAAUUGAUGCCGGUGGUUUUUCAUUUCAAUUCUACUCAAAAGGAAUCUUCAGUGGCUUCUGUGGAACACAACUCAACCAUGGAGUCACAGCAGUCGGCUACGGAGAAACUGAUGGUAAAAAGUACUGGCUCGUUAAAAAUUCAUGGGGUACAGAGUGGGGUGAUUCUGGCUAUAUAAAACUGAGGCGUGGUUCCAAGGGCAAGAAAGGUAUCUGUGGCAUUGCCAUGGAGCCUAGCUACCCUGUCAAGGAACAGGAAUAAGAAUCAUUUUAUAUGUGCUUGGCUGAUCCUGGCUUUAGGGUGACUUGACAAUCUCUUAACAAGAUGUCUUCCAUAUUAGUAAUUACAUACAAAUCCAAGUAAAAGAUAUUGCUCAUGGAAAUUAAUUUAACAAUAGUUAAGCUUUGCAGGAAGUAUGGUAGGGAAAAUGCAUGCCAUAAGCAUAAGAAGAUGGGUAAUUCCUUCGUAUCAAAAUGGAUAUUACAUCAUUGAUUGGAGAUCCCCAAUUCUUGAUAUAAAAUGCUUAACAUAACUUUCAUCUAUCUCA